CGCGUGUUUUUGCGGUAUUUACGUUUACGCUGAAUCGUAAAAAUCGAAAAUUUAAGUAUUCCUGAAAAUAAUCUGUAGAACAUCGUCAUAAAGCAAUGAAAUUCUCUACAAGCAAUGCCAAAUGCUCCUCUUAUAGUGGGAAGCACGUGAUUUACGUUGGAACUCACACAGGAUCGUUCAAAAAGCUCGAGCCUUUUCAAGAUGAUCCAUACAGGCAGACAAAUCUACAACCAAUUGAAACGUUGGAUAAAACAUCCAAAGUAACGUGUAUGGAAUUUGGCAACGAUGAGCACACGGAAAUAUUGCUUGGACGCGCGAAUCACUACGUGAAGGUAUUUAAUUCUGAUAGUGAAGUUACAGCCUCCAGCUUUGAGGCAGGUAAUGGAGAGGUUGUUGGACUCGGAAGGUCGAAUGGCUGUAUAGUUGCCGGGAUAGACAAAGGCACGGUGAAGAUCGUUAAGUAUCCAGAGACGACUGAAUUUUCUGUAGGAGAAAACCUUGCCAAGCUUCGAAUCUGUCGUGGAGAUCAGAACCUAAUGGUGACAGGCGGAAAGAACCUGAAGCAAAUUAUCAAAGUGUGGGAUUUAGAAACACAGAAAGUAACGUUUGCCGCCAAAAAUGUCAGGAAGGAUAUGCUAGAACUAGAGCAACCAGUUUGGGAGAAUGACAUUCUUUUUCUGGAUCGGAACACUAUCGCAUCGUGCUCACGGUACGGAUAUGUGCGUGUGUACGAUUUAAGAGGCACACAGCGACGUCCAGUGCAGAACUACUCUCCACCUGAUGAUCAGUUAUCCUUUACAUGUCUUGCUGGACAUGAAAGGUAUCUGUAUGCAGGAACGACAACGGUUGGAACGCGGGCUUUCGAUAUUCGAAAAAUGAAAAAUCAUGUCCAUGUGUACAAAGGAUUCACAGGAACGGUGACCAGUGUUGGAUUAGAUGCUACUGGGAGCUAUCUGUUUACGUCCUGUUUGGAUCGAUAUGUUCGAGUACACAACGUUCUGAAAACGGCGAUGGUGUAUCAAUGCUACGUCAAAUCAAAACCAACUCGAAUUUUGUGUACAGAAUACAAAGAUCGAGUGGUCGAAGCAGAGGAAGAUGAUGAUUUAAUUCUUGUAGAAGAAAAUGAAAAAGAUGAAGUAGAUUCCGAGUAUGAAGAUUUAUUUGCAAAAAUGCAAACCGUGAAAGAAAAGUCGGCUACGAAAAAGCGCAAAAUGGAAUCGGAAACCCACAGUCGGUCGAAGCCAAAGAUUCCGAAGAAAAAACGAAAUAAUGAAUAAAUGUCGUUGUCGAGUGAAUU